AUGGCUCAAUUUGUCCAGGUCCUGGCUGAAAUAGGUGACUUUGGUCGCUUCCAGAUACAACUAUUGAUACUGCUGUGUGUUCUCAACUUCCUGUCUCCCUUCUACUUUUUUGCCCAUGUCUUCAUGGUCCUAGAUGAGCCCCACCACUGUGCAGUGGCCUGGGUGAAGAACCACACUUUCAACCUGAGUGCUGCUGAACAGCUGGCACUGAGCGUGCCCCUGGACACUGCAGGCCACCCAGAGCCCUGCCUCAUGUUCCGGCCAGCCGCCGCCAAUGCCAGCCUGCAGGAUAUCCUCAGCCACCAGUUCAAUGAGACGCAGCCUUGUGAUAUGGGCUGGGAAUAUCCUGAGAACAGGCUCCCAUCCCUAAAGAAUGAGUUUAACCUGGUUUGUGAUCGGAAGCAUCUGAAGGACACGACACAGUCAGUGUUCAUGGCUGGGCUCCUUGUUGGCACCCUCAUGUUUGGGCCCCUCUGGGACUGGAUUGGCCGCAAGGCCACGAUCCUGGCGCAGCUGCUCCUCUUCACCCUCAUCGGCCUGGUCACAGCCUUUGUGCCCAGCUUUGAGCUCUACAUGGCCCUGCACUUUGCUGUGGCUACUGCCAUCGCUGGAUUUGCCUUCAGCAAUGUCACCCUAUUGACAGAGUGGGUGGGGCCCACAUGGAGGACGCAGGCCGUGGUCCUGGCCCAGUGCGCCUACUCCCUUGGGCAGAUAUUGCUUGCGGGACUCGCCUAUGGUUUCCGCAACUGGAGGCUCCUUCAGAUCACUGGCACUGCACCUGGCUUACUGCUCUUCUUCUACUUCUGGGCUCUGCCAGAAUCUGCACGGUGGCUCCUGACCCAUGAGAGGAUGGACGAGGCGAAACAACUGAUUCAGAGGGCAGCCUCGGUCAACAGGCGGAAACUCUCUCCGGAGCUCAUGAACCAGCUGGUCCCAGAGAAGACAGGCCCCUCAGGGAAUGCCCUGGAUCUGUUCAGACACCCCCAGCUCCAGAAGGUGACCCUGAUUAUCUCCUGUGUCUGGUUUAUGGACAGUCUGGGGUACUACGGCCUGAGCCUCCAAGUGGGGGACUUUGGCCUGGACAUCUAUCUGACGCAGCUCAUCUUUGGAGCUGUUGAGGUGCCUGCCCGCUGUUCCAGCAUCUUCAUGAUGCAGAGGUUUGGCUGCAAGUGGAGCCAGUUGGGGACCUUGGUCUUGGGUGGCUUUAUGUGUAUCAUCAUCAUCUUCAUCCCAGCAGAUCUGCCCGUGGUGGUCACCGUGCUGGCUGUGGUGGCGAAGAUGGCCACAGCUGCCGCCUUCACCAUCUCCUAUGUGUACUCUGCCGAGCUUUUCCCCACCAUCCUCCGGCAAACAGCCAUGGGGCUGGUGGGCAUCUUCUCACGGAUCGGGGGCAUCCUCGCACCACUAGUGAUCCUGCUGGGAGAGUACCACGCUGCCCUCCCCAUGCUCAUCUACGGCAGCCUCCCCGUUGUGGCCGGCCUGCUCUGCACCCUGCUGCCAGAGACACGUGGCCAGGCCCUGAAAGAUACCCUCCAGGACCUGGAGCUGGGGCCUCACCCACAGUCCGCCAAAUCAGUGCCCUCAGAGAAGGAAACAGAAGCCACAGGAAGAACUUCCAGCCCAGGAGUGACCUUUGUGAGCAGUACAUACUUCUGA